UAUCUGUUACUUGACACUGCAUGGUUAUUCCAAUACGUAUGUUUGCCUCUUCUCCACCAUGUUAUACACUUGGUUCAUCCUUACCUAAGAUAUAUCUGUUUGUUUUACUGUCUUUGGAUUUCUGUCUGCAUUUCACCUAUUUUGGCAGCAUUUGGGAGCAAAGACUUCAACUUCCAAAGUCAUUGUUCUCAUUUCCAUUAAGAAAAAAAAAUCCAUUGAGGAUAUGACACGGGGUUAGUCGUAAGCAGUCUAGUACUAAAUGUAAUGUUCUGUAACUUUGUUCAUCUGAGACAGCAUUGUGGCCCUCCAUCCAUACAAAAUAUGAUAUAAAAGACCUCCAAAAAUAUACAUUGAAAAAAUGGAACUAUUAUUUGAAUCACUUUCACCACCAUGACUAACAACUAGCUGUGCCCGGCCACGCGUUGCUGUGGAGUAUGGGAAUUCUUUGUUAGAUGGUCUGCAGUAAGGCAAAUAUGAACAAGGGAAGACCAGAAUGAGGGCCUUCAAAGCACCGAUUAAUAUACUGGAGCAGAAAGUCCCAGUUUCCAUAAGGCAAAUGAAUACAAAACUGCACAUUCUAGAAGAGAAAUUCAUCCAAAGAUGUUGCAAAUGGAUAAAAAACAGUAACCAAAAGAAAUCACCUACCUGUUUUAUAAAUGAAAUUAUUAGUGUGAUUAUUUUAUUUUUGAAUCAUAUGAAAAAUGCAGGAGAAUAGAAAACAGUCAGAUGGACAAAGUGACUCCUCCAGCAUUGGGAGUCUGCUCGAUGACACAGACCGAGAGGUUUGUAGUCUCACAGAUCGAGCCUUCAGAAGUCUGUGCGUGGCUGAGCUUGAAACAUCGUACACAGAAUCUGAUCCAGCGGUGCCAUCCAACAUCGCCCACCAAUUAUCUAGCAAAUUGUUACAAGGUCCACAUAAUGAGAAAACUGUGUCUCGCAAUAAAUUGUCAAAAGUUGAGGAGCAUUCAACAUUCCAGCAGUUUCCCAAAAACUCUCAAGAAAAUAAAAAGGCUUCUACAAACACAAGGAAAAAAGUGAGUUUACCAGUGUCUGGCCCGUGCAAUUAUAAACAUACCUCAAAAGUGUCCUCUCUGAUAAAAACAUUUGAUAAAGCUGAAGAUGAAGCCUCAUUAGCACUCGCUGAACAUCCAGAUAAAAAUAGUUUGAAAAAGUGUCCAUUAAUUCUUGGACGCAAUAUCACUUUCUUGGGCGGCAAAACAAUUCUCAAUAUUCAAAAGGAACUCUCUGAAUUUUCUGACACAUCCCAAGACAUGGCAAAUGGAAGUGACCGAGAUGAGUUGCAAAAGAGACAUAGUAAAAUGGAUCUCAUCUGUCAAGGUCCAUAUAGUUUUCAUUUUUCUCAGGCAGAUGCCUCUAAGUCUAAAAUCUCCACUGUCUCUAAAGUGGCACUGAAAAACAGAACAGGCAGAGCAAAAGAACCAGCAAGGAAAGGCAGGUUUCUCCACAGUGAAAACAGUGCAUUUGAAUCAUGGAAAGCUCAUCACAAAAGCCUGUCUGAAAUUAAGCCCAAACAACACAAUCUUACAUUUGAAGGAACACCUUUCCUUAACGAAUCUUGUAUUUUUAAAAUAAAUGUAUCUCCCACUGAUACCACAGCUUCUGGGAUUCUAGAACAAGAUUUCUCAGAUGCUCUUUCAGAAAAAUCUGAAGCCUCUUUCUCUUCAACAGCUCUACCCCAGACAUCUUUGCCUAUAUGUGAAGACACUGUUUCACAGAUCUUGUUGCCCCAAGUUUCCACUCUGCCAGCAGUUGUAUGCAAGAUUCCUACACCACCGUCCCGCACAUCUGAAGAUCCUUUUACACCAACACUUACCUCCCAGAUUGAUGUUUUACCAGUACCACUACCCAAGGUUCCUAUUUCACCUUCUCUGUCCCAGACCUCUGUUCCACCAGUAAUGGCACCCUGUGGCACUGAUUCACAAAUACCGGUGUCACAUGCUACUUCUGUACCAGAGAAGGGUAACAAUUCAGAACUGGAAAAGAUUUGUCCACCCUGGAGAAAGCAAAAGCUUAUCCUUGGGAAAAUAGAACCAGUUCAGGAUAUUACAUGUGAUAUACCCAAAAGAAAGGAUUCAUUAUAUGGAAAGAUAUCUGAUCUCACUCUUUUGACUGAAGCAGCUGCAUCCAAGUCACCCAUAUCUGUGUCUAUCCCCUCCAGUACUUCUUUCAACAUCUCAAAACUUUUAACUCCAGUUAUACCUCAAGAGAAAAAUGAAGUAGAAAGCCAGUUGUUACCUGUAACUCUUCCCAUAUCGGACACUAGAAGAAUAAAAGAAAUUGAGGGGGAAAACAUUUAUUGUUCUCAGAAUGAUUAUAAAUCUAAAGCAUCACGAUUAUUAUUCAACUUAAAAGACAUCCGAAAGCGUGUGAAAAGUACGUACAGUCCCUCUCCUCUGCUAAGAGCCCUUGAAGAAGAUGAAAAGAUUAAAGAACAACACAACAUAAAAUCAAGUGUUACAGCAAUCGGUGUGGUACAAGAAGACAGUCAAAAAUUAAUAGAUGAUAGUGAUAAAAAUCACCUUUCUGAACAAAUGGACAAUACCAUGGAAAACAGCAUUGCUGCUGGUGUAAAUGAAAAUUAUGUGACUGCAGCUGCAUCCAAAUCAAAGACAGAUUCUUUGAAUUACCAAAAUAGGGAUAAUUUAAGGCAACGUACUUCAGCAGAUAUAGGGGACUUUAAGAUGGUUUCUGCAAUGGCACUGCCCCCAGUUAAACACAGGCAAUAUUCUCCUUCAUCCACUUGUUCAUUUGGAGAUGUAACUGAGCAGCAUGUGAACAGUCUUUGUUUGCAAGACUCUAAAAAAGAAAAAGGUGUGCUAUGUCACGGUUCUGAUGUGGGAUCUCAAGCAUCCCCAAAUCAAUUUUUUACAGCGGAAGAAAAUAUUGUUAACACUGACAGUCAGGCCUUUCCACUAACUGGGAAUGAACAGAAAGGCAAAAGAAGCACCAGCUCUUCUGAGCAAUCUUUCAUAUCCAUAACAGACCAACCAUUUAAUGAGACAAAUAGUUCUUUAUUGGAGCUCUUUCAGAAAGCAUGUCUUCAAGAAAGCCAAAGAAAGAAGUCUGACACUGGUGUGGAGGAAAUGCCAAAUUGUAAAGAAAUGGAGACAGAAAGGAGGAAAGAAUUACAUGACUACCUUAGCAAUGACAAAUCUAAUGUCCAUUGGAAGUGUGAAAGGAAAAAAGCGCAAAGUGAAAAUGGAAAUGAAGUGCAAGAAAGGAUGGUGAAGGAGAAGAAAGACAGAUGGAAAACCACAGAUUCCGUAUCAGAAAGCAAGUCAGAAGAGCCACUGACACCAGUUUUGCCAAAUUCAUUCAAGCCCAAUUUAUUCAUGAUCAAAGACAACACAUUCAAGUCACCACCUGUGAUAAAAACAAUCAAAUUGCCUCUGCACAGGUUUUUUUCCUGUCAAGAGCCCAUUGCUAGUAGUUAUAGUGAGACUGAAAAACAUUAUGGGCCGAUGCAAACGAUAAUAAAUACUGAAGAGGUGGGCUUGUCUUGUUCCAGAAUGAGAAGUCAGCAGAAAGCAGAGGACACUGGGAAAGAGAGCAACCCAACAACAGAAUCUACUCUUACAGAAGGACUAGAAGGUAUCACAUCACUGGUGAAAGAUGAUGAUGAUGAUAGAGGAGUUAAUAAUACAUCAGUGUUAUCUGGCAAAAAUUUGAAAAGCAGUGAAAAAUUGGUCAAAGAAAAAGUCAGAACUGCAGAACUGAAGCUCAAUCCUACUAGUCAGCCAAACCUUACUAUUGAAAGUGAACUAGCAAAAAACAAGCAAUCUUCUCCUACAAAAGAAAAGACACAUUUUAAGAAUCACCUAAUUCCUAAACGCAGAGGUGGCUCUUGUGUGAAAAAAAUCAUCAGUCAGGAGACAAAAUCUCCUAUUGUUUCAGAGAACCCAACAUCAUUUCCUGCUCUCAGUGAUACUAUUGAAGACAUAACAGCUGCAACAGGCAGCCUGUCAAAUUGUACACAGAUAAAUCCAAGGUCAGACAGCGUGGUGUCAUAUUCUCUCACAAGUCCUUUGGCAGGUUCAGGGGCAGUUUUCAAUGUAUCAGAGGCUGAAAAAAUAACAAAUACUUCUUUGCAACACAAAGAAACAGAGAGUAGAGAUCAGUCUUUGACCACAGAAACAUUUAAUCCAGUCCAGAGAAGUCAACACUCGGAAGAUGCUCGCAAUUCUCCGGUAACAAAUGGAAAACUGCAGCUGAUGGGACAAAUGGCAAAGACAGCAGCCAAACCUCCAGCUGUACCACCAAAAACAGAAAAAGCAUUGCGAAGAGCAAAGAAACUAGCAAACAAGAGGAAGAAAGCAGUCUCACAACCAAAAAGGCUUCAAGACGAACCUACACCUCCCUGUGAAGACACUGCACACUUGUCGCUUGUUCAGUCUCCACUUUCUCCCAGGUCUCUUCUGACUCCCUCAGAAUCUAACCUGGAAAACCAGUCUGCCAUAUCAUUUAGUCCCACACCUUCUUUACCUGCAACCCAACGUAAACUCCUUCAGGACCCGGACUCAGGAGAAUAUUUUAUAAUAGAUUUACCAGUUCAAUUGAAGACAUUUUAUGAUCCAGAAAGUGGCAAAUAUAUUCAGCUGUCAAUUCCUUCUUCAAAAAGGAACUUGUCUCAAACACCCACUUCAGAGAUCCUCUCUUCUCCUCAUGCCUUGUACCCCAGCGCUCUCCCGCUCAGAGUUUCAUCUGUUCCAGUUCUGGCAUCUCCAUCUCAGCUUUCUGAAACUACUUCAUCUUUACAAGGAACACUUUUGAAGUCAGCUUCAGAAUGGCAACUAGGAGACCAGUGUCCAGACAAUCCACCCUGUGAUACUCACAGUCAUGAAACUGACGGGUCACAGUAUAACUGUGAAAAAGACACAAGUCUCUCAGCUAAUGCCGACAUCAUUUCAGUGGGUGCAAUUGAAGAUUUUGUUGUUGAAGGUAUAUUGUGAGAAUAUAAGGUGUUAACCAUUAUAUUGUGUGUGUGUGCAUGUGUGUGUAUCCAUAUAUCAAUAUAUAUCCUGCCAAUGUUAGGGUGACUUGGAGGUCUCUCAUUCAUAGGGUCAACGUAUGUUGAAGUCAACUUGAUAGCAGUUAACAAUUAUAUACAGGUUAUGUCCUGAAAGUGCAUGCACACAUUCAUUAAUACAACUGGCUGGAUCUUUGUGGAAUUCGUAUUAAAAAGAAAUCUUAUCUACUAUCUCUUAAGAAAUUUGUGGAUGGUAUUAACCCCAAAUUAACAUAAAGGGAGGACAGUCUGAGUGACAGUGUGAUGCAUAAUUGAAAGUAAUGUGGAAGAAAUUUCUCCUUGGGGAAAACAAAAUACAGGGAUUUCAUUACAUAUAGACUGAAAACCAGCCAUUGGAUCAAAUACAGUAGAGUCUCACUUAUCCAACAUUCACUUAUCCAACAUUCUGGAUUUUCCAACGCCUUUUUCUAGUCAAUGAUUUCAAAACAUUGUGAUAUUUUGGUGCUAAAUUCAUAAAUACAGUAAUUACUACAUAGCAUUACUGUGUAUUGAACUGCUUUUUCUGUCAAAUUUGUUGUAUAACAUGAUGUUUUGGUGCUUAAUUUGUAAAAUCAUAACCUAAUUUGAUGUUUAAUAGGCUUUUCCUUAAUUCCUCCUUAUUAUCCAACAUAUUCACUUAUCCAACGUUCUGCUGGCCCGUUUAUGUUGGAUAAGUGAGACUCUACUGUAUAUGAAUGAGGUCCCUUUUCUGUUUUUUUUAAAAAAUUAUUAUUUUUAAAAAGGUAGAUUUUACAUGGGAUAUUCACUGCAAAAAUAUAUUAGUCUUGAUAUGAAAAAGGCCCAUUAUAGUUGUAUGGUGUAUAUACAAUUCAUAUAUACAAUUCACACCUCAUGGCACCUUCAGGUUAGCAAAUUAAGUGAGUAGAUAGAUGAGAUUUCCUGACUAUUUUUCAUUGCAGCUUGUAAACUUCAUUUUUCUAUAUUCUGCUGAGAUAUUAAUCAUCAUAGUCCAACCAGAAAAUGUGAUAUCAGUCCUAAAUUUCAUUUUCAAAUAAAGCAAGAUUUUAAUCUUCAUAGUAGUAGAGCUACAAUUGAAAAUAUAUUUUUUUCCAAAAAAAAAUCACCCAAAAGACCCAGUAUUACUUAGUUCUAGAGUUUUGUGUUUUCUAAAGUUACCUUACCGUCAGAUCUCUGGUGUGAUAUGCCUAAAAUUUCUCAAAUGCUGCCAGUUAUUGGUAUUGUUGCAUCUUCACCACAGUAUCACUAAAUUAAAAAAUAAUGAAAAUUAUGGGAAAACUUGUAAAUGCACAAAACAAACAUAUAAAUUAAACUAAGGUGUGCUAAGUCUGAAGAAUCCUAAUUAUACGCCAAUUUAUAAUAUUUUAAAUUUUGCUUUUUGAUAUUGUUUUCUGAACAUCAUGGUUAUUAAGACUGUCAACAAAUUAGUCCUUUUUCUAGUACAAGAAUAAGCAUUAGUUCAUGUUUAACAAUUGUGUGGAAUAUCCUGUACUGACUACAAAGAAUGCUGCAAAUCUCCAAUUCAUCAAGUACUGUUGCAUGCAGAGCACUUUUUUUUCUAGAAAACAGUUAUGGUAAAUGAUCUCCUUAUACAAGUCACCCAACUGUCCUAGUUGGUUAUCUUCAGAUAUUCAUUGGAUUCAUGACCCAAAACAACCCUACCUGAGCCACACUUCAUAGAAGAACAUGAAGAGCAAAAUGUUUGGACACCACAUUGCAGUCCAACCUUACAAGGUAAAUUUUUGAGAUAAAUCCAAAGUAAAGUGUGAGGGGAAGCCUUCAAUUUCCCACAAAACAAAUAACAAUAGUUGUAAGCAACUGUUGCUGUGCAUGAUGGAAAUGGGGCUGUAUUUGCCCCUUAUAACAACACAAAACUUCAUGUUGUCAUUCUGAAGGAGGCUAAACAGAAAAUAAGGAUGGCACGCAGGCCUGCAACAACUUGUGGCCUUCCAGGUGUUUUGGACUCCAGUUCCCAAAAUUCCUGACCACUGGACAAGUUGGCUAUCACUUCUGGGAGUUGGAAGCCCGAACACCUAGAAAGCCACAGGUUGCACAGGUCAUUUUUAAGGGCUCCUUCAUUUAAAAACAACCCACCUGUGUUUUGAAAAGUAGAGGUGAGAAAGGUUAGGCAAGAAUUCUUUCCAAGAAUAGUUGGUUUUCUAUGUACAGUGUGCUCCCUAUAUCCAAGGGAUCUGUGCCCACAGAUUCAACCAUCUAUGGUUUGAAAAUAUUUAAAAACAACGCCCACCCCCCCCCCAACAAAACCCAAAGCAAACUAUGAUUUUGCCAUUUUAUAUAAGGGACAGCAAUGUAUAUAAUGGGACUUGAGCAUCCCUGGAUUGGUAUUAACAGAAGGUCCUAGAAUCAAAUUCCAGCAGAUACUAAGGGCCCACUAUAUAAGGUAUGUUUUCAUAUGGCAGAACAUUCUCAUGCACAUUCCACAUCUACUUUCUGUAUCACCAUGAUCCAAUUACCACAGGGAUAGAAAGUUAGGUGAAAUCUUCUGAACAGGGGCACAGAUAGCAAAACAAACACACAGGUGUUAACAGGUGUUAACCCUUCCGUGUGCUUUUAUAUAUAGCUGGAGUUACACUUAAAAAUGCACCUGCUCUGACUUAUUUAUAAAUUCAGUUUAAGAGCAAACCUACAGAACCUAUCUUGUUCAUAACUUGGGGACUGUCUGUAUAAUAGAAAAGCACUUGUCAUAUAACCUGAUUCUCGACCAUUUCUUUUCCUACAGUCACAGUGGUAAGGAAAGAGGGCUAUAAAACAAACAACUGACAUUUCUCUGCUAAAUUUCUGCAGUGAGUAGUUUCUGUGAACCACAUGGCUCUCCAUUUGCUCCUACAUUGUUUUAGAAGAUGUGUGUUCUCAAGAGCCAAAUCCAGCCCACCAUGUUAUUUUCUGUGGCUAUCAAGAUGGACUACCACAUCUGUAUAAUCAUUAGACAUCAUGACUAGAGCUGAUGGAAGUUGUGAUACAGUAACAUCUGGAAGGCUGCAGUUUGUUCGGUUUAAUCAGGAAAGUGCCGUUUGUGGAUAUGAUGUUUGACUUUUAAAUGUCCUUUAACCUUUCCCCAACCUCAGAAGUGCUGUUGGAUUACAAUUCCCAGUCCACGUGGCAGAUAAUUAAAAAAUCAUAAGAUUUGUUGUUCAUUAACACCUGGGGACCUAAAUGAAGUAAAAGCUAAAGAGCACCUAUCGCUAUGUUAAAAAAUAAUAAUUGGUUCUCUGUAUCCAUGGAUCUUCUGCUCAUUGAUUCAAUGGCCCUUCGAAAGCAGCCAUAAGUCUGAUGUGGUCCUCAAUGAAAAUGAGUUUGACACCCCUGUUUUAGAACAAGGAUGGCCAGUGUUCAGUCAUGUUUUGUGUGAGGGGGGAAUGGCAUAAAACUUUCAGACCAGCUGCUGUUCCGUGAUAGAGCAAAAAUAAGUAUCGUCAUGGAUCUAUUGGAUUUUACAUGGGAUCUUAUAAUGCCUAAAUUGCUAUGUUCAAACACUGAAUGUAAAGUUGGAGUGAUAAAAUAAUGGGCAAAUAAGAGAGGGCUCUGGAGCCAGAUAUUUUCUCCAUUUUCAUCAAACAAGUAGGCUUUUUUUUUAAAAAGCAUAGUGAGGUUACUGCAUUUAGCAGAGCAACAUUAUAUAUAAACCAAGUACUGUAUGUACUCGAUACUAAUGCUCACCCUUUUUGACUAAGUCACCUUCCCAAAAAUAUGGUGUGUAUUAGAUUCGUAUAAUAUGGUAAAUACUUUUUUUAGGUUUGAGGGUUUAGAAAAUUGAGGUGUGCAUUAGAUUCGAUGGUGCAUUAGACUCGAGUAAAUACGGGUAUUAUCUCAUCUAUCUCAUUCUGCCCUUCAACACUUUCCACUUCUAAUUUCACCCAUUAAGCCGAAGCAUUGUGAUUCAAUUGCCAUAGCUGGAAUGCUGAAAUUAUCACUAACCCACCCGAAUUAUAUUACAAAUAAUUUCUCUUGCCAUCUGUAAUAUAUUUGUCAAUUAAUUAUAAAUUUAUAAAUUAAUUAUAAAUUAUGAAUUUCAGAGAAUUUGGUAGAGCAUUGUUGAGCAUUGAGGAAUAUUUUGCAACAGAUAUGGUAAUUUUGAAAGUAUAUGCAUUUUCAGUGCUGCAAUCUUCCUUAACAUUGAUAAUUUAAAAUCUGAUCUUUUAUUAAACUUUUGCUUCAGUUGGCCAAAAAAUGUAGAUAAUUUAUCCUAAUUAUCUGAUUUCAGUCUUUUGUUAAGAUAAUACCCAGAUACUUGGAGUCUGAAUGUCUAAUUUAUACUCCUGUUUGUUGUUGAAAUUUUUGAUCAGAUUGAGGUAAAAUAAUUUAGAUUUUUUUAAAGAUUAAUUGUAAAACAAGAGUAUUUUUGAAAUCUCAUUAGGUUGAUUGCAGUGCAGAUAUAGAAUGUGUCAGAUUUUUUAGUAAUAAAUAGACAUCAUCUGCAAAUAAAUUA